GUCUAUAACCAGCGACGACGUCUUCGUGCUCUAGGAUUGGAUCCGGAUAUGCCCAAAGGAGCCUUCAUCGAUAACGAAGCUAUAAGGGAACACAUAAAAAUGGCGAACGCUAAGAAGGCAGAAGCUGCGCGGUUACGGUAUCACCGUAUGACAGCAGAAGAAAAGCGAGAAUACAAUCAGAGGCGAACGGAAUCAUUCCGCAAGAGGCGUCUCGAGGAGGAGAUUCUCCUUUCCACCCCAGCUGGUCGAAUCUCCGCCGAAGCGUUGCAAAAAGCUCAACAAAUCAUGAUAAGAAACGCUAGAAAAGCUGAAGCUGCCAGGGCACGUUAUCAAAAAAUGUCACCAGAGCAGAGAAAGGAAUAUAAUAUGAGGCGCGCACAAGCAAAAAAGAUGAGAGCUCUGAGUCGUGAAAAUCGAGGUCUUGGGAACUCGAAUUGUUCGCAGGGUUAG